CUGAAUUUGCCAUGGCUAGUACUUCCGACCACCAGUCGCCCGCCAUCUGCGUGGAAUCGCCAACCAACUCGACGUACCAUGCAAAGAAGGACCACAUUGCACUCGACACAAAGCCCGACCAGACCGUCGAAAGCUGCUCGAUCCUGUUUAUGUUUAUCCUCUGCGCCCCCAAGAUGGCUAUGAACAUGGCGUGGGCCGCCCAGUGGGCCGCCCUGGGCCCCCUACUCGAAACGCUGCUGUCUCCGUCCGCCGUGCAAGCCGUGCAACUCGUGGGGCCCACCACGGGGCUCCUCAUCGCGCCGACCAUCGGCGUGCUUUCUGACGCAUGCACGAGCCGAUGGGGUCGCCGCCGCCCGUUUCUCUUCUGGGGCGCUGUCACAUCGGCCUUGUGCUGGGGUGUCAUGAUGAAUGCGACGGCGAUCGGUGCCGCGCUCGGCGAUGGCGGCGGCGACCGCACAUGGACUACUGUGGUCGUGGUCAUGUGCUACAUUUGGAUGGACAUCACGGUCAACAUCACACAGGUGCCGGCGGGACUCAUCAUUGCAGAUUUCGCCGGCCACCGCCAAGUAACCGCGGCCAGCAUCGGCGCUGGGUACUCUAUCGCAGGGUCGUUUGCAGUGUCGGGGUACAUUCUGGUCUUUGGCCCAGCACAUCAAUCGAUCCAUCUGUUCCUGGGCAUGUUGAUUGGCAUCAUGCUCACCACGACGCUCUCCGUGUGCUGGUUCGUUCACGAAACGCCGCUCGUCGAAUCGGAUGAUUCGGUCAUUGUCCGUGCCCCCAAGUAUCACAAGAUCCGAUCGUCGCUCCAAGCUGUGUGGACGGGGUUCCGCAAACUGCCCAAGACACUUGCCGUCUACUGCGCGAUCAUGCUGCUGGUGCAAUACGGGUUCACCGCGUACAAUGGGGCAAAGGGGCAGUUCUUUGGGCUUGUUGUGUACCGAGGUGUGGCCAAAGAUGCAGACACGUGCGGCAAGCCCAACACCCUUCCUUGUACUCCCCGGCAAAUCGCGUUCAAUGACGGCGUCCGCCUCGCGGGGGGACUCACGGACACCAUCUUCAACGCGGUCGGGAUCGUGUUUCUGGCCGCGUUGCCGUUUCUGGUGCGCAAGGUUGGCGCCAAGUGGGUCAUCACGGCGUCGAUUAUUCCCCAGGCGAUGCUCGUCGUGAUGGUGUUCUGCCACGUCGUUCCCGUGGAUGUGAUACUUGUGGUCGGGUGCACUGUGACCCAGAACACCAUAUUUGCGCUUGUGAUGCCCAUGAUCAUCCACGUGGUUGGUCACGGCAGCGACAACAACCUCGGCCUCUUUGCGGGCGCGUUCAACUCGGCCAACUGCUGCGGCCAGUUUCUCAACUUUAUCUUUUCUGCGAUACUGGUCAAGAGUGCCAUGGGUCACGCCCUUCCGAUCCUCGUGGGCGGCGUCUUGAGCACCGGCGCCUUCCUCGUCGCACUCUUCGCACUCAAAGUGGACCUGCGCAGCAUGUAGAGAGACCGUCGAAAAACGAUGCAUAUCCUUGUCAGUGUAUAUAUAAUGUAUCUCAAUUGUUCAACAUACGGAUAACCAG